UUUCAAUCUUCCAGUCCACUUUCUGAUUAUCGAUUCGUCAUCACCAUCAUCCCCACCAAAAAGCCAAAAACACCCAUUCCAACAAUUAAUAUAAUCUGGUUUUCACUUUCUAGUUUCUACUCUACAGCCAUCACAAAGGCAAAAGAAAAUGGAGAAGAUGGUAUUGCUUAGAUCCCUAUGCCGCGCUGCUUCUUCCCGCUCUUCACGUAUCGCCGGUGCAAUUGCCCACCAUCAGCUCCGCCGCCCUGUGGCUUCCUCUCGAUCCAUCUUCACUCUUUCUUCCUCUUCCAAUUUCACCCCUUCUGAGUUCGACUCACCUUUGGCAAUGGGGAUUGGAAGUAGACGAUUUUUCAGUGAGGAUGUGUCUCACUUCCCUGCCAUUCAAGAUCCUGAUGUUAAAAAUGCUUUCAAGGACUUGAUGGCUGCUAGUUGGGAUGAUCUUCCUCAUCUUCUCAUCCAUAAUGUCAAGAAUGCAUUGUCUAAAAACACCGACGAUAAAGCUGGCCAAGACACCUUGAAGACUGUUUUCGCUGCUGCUGAAGCUGUUGAGGAAUUUUGCGGCAUGCUUAUCUCUCUCAAAAUGGAACUCGAUGACAGCAUUGGAAUGAGCGGCGAGGAUGUGAAACCUUUGUCGGAUGAGUUUGCCAAUGCACUUCGUACUUCGUAUCAACGAUAUUCUACUUACUUGGAUGCAUUUGGACCAGAUGAGGGUUAUUUGCGAAAGAAAGUAGAGACUGAAUUGGGAUCAAAGAUGAUAUACUUGAAGAUGCGGUGCAGUGGGCUUGGUUCAGAGUGGGGAAAGGUUACUGUUCUGGGUACUUCUGGAAUGGCUGGAUCUUAUGUUGAACAAAGAGCAUAAUACAUACAGUUUGGAAAAGUUUCGAUGUAAUUGUUAGCUUUCUGUGUUUGGAGUUAUGCCUUCGCAUAGUUGGAGGCAAUUACUGCGUCUCUUCAGGAAAACAUUUAAAGUUGGAGUUGAUGGCUGGUUUUAAUAAGAGUCAACAGUAUAAUGUGCAUUUUUUUCGUCUCGGUUAAAAAAUUAUGUUUACUUGCCCAUUUUUGAUGGAUAACAUUGUUUGCAUUCA